UAAUAUUUGAAGAUUAACCGAUAUGAUCUUGGAACAGUUUAUUAUUCCAAUUGAGGAACAUACCAUCCUUUCAUGUUCUUCACCUUUUUGUGAGACUGAUCAUUGGCUAUUCCCUUUCAUAUACCAUCUUAUAGUUGAUGUUGUUUAUCAUUAACUCUCAAACUCUUGGCUAUCAAGACUAGAAAGAAAGCAUUUAUUCACUGCACAUGCUUUCUUGAUCUACUUCAUUUCCUUUUCAGGGUGUUUCAAUGGUUUUUUAUGCUGGUAGUUCAACUGCUUGAAUAUUUUCAUUAAUGAAGCUUUAGUUUCUUACAGUGGUUAGUUAAGCCUUUUUCCCUAUUUGAGCUCUUGCUUUGUUGCAUUGAGUCCAGUAGGGCCUUUGCUUUGUUAAUCUUCAUAAUGCUUCCUACAUACUUCCCUCUUCGCUGGGAAAGCACUGGAGACCAAUGGUGGUAUGCUUCUCCCAUUGAUUGGGCAGCAGCUAAUGGCCAUUACGACUUGGUCAGAGAGCUUCUACGGAUCGAUGGGAAUCAUCUCAUCAAGCUGACCUCUUUGAGGAGGAUCCGCCGGCUUGAGACUGUAUGGGAUGAUGAAGAACAGUUCGAUGAUGUUGCUAAGUGUCGUUCUGAGGUUGCUAGGAAGCUUUUUAUCGAAUGUGAAUCGAAGAAAACAAAGAAUUCCCUUAUCAGGUGUGGCUACGGUGGAUGGCUUAUGUACACGGCUGCCUCAGCCGGAGACUUGGGUUUCAUUCAAGAACUUCUUCAAAGGAAUCCUCUACUUGUUUUCGGAGAAGGAGAGUAUGGUGUUACUGAUAUUCUUUAUGCUGCUGCCAGGGGCAAAAACUCUCAGGUUUUCACGCUUAUAUAUGACUUUGCAGUGUCACCGAGGUUUAUGACAGCAAAUGCAGAAGGGUUCAAAGAGCACAUCAGGGAAAUACCUUCUGUUUAUAAGUGGGAGAUCACAAACAAAGCUGUUCAUGCUGCUGCUAGAGGGGGAAAUUUAAAGAUUUUAAUGGAGCUUCUUCAUGGCUACUACAAAGAUAUAUUGGCUUAUAGAGAUAAGCAUGGUUCGACCGUAUUACAUGCUGCCGCUGGCCGAGGCCAAGUCGAGGUGGUUGAAAACCUCGUUUCAUCUUUCGAUAUCAUCGACUCCGUAGAUGAUCAAGGCAACACCGCGCUGCAUAUUGCGGCUUAUAGGGGCCAAGCAGCCGUUGUUGAGGCUUUGAUUCGUGUGUCUCCCUCAUUGAUCUCCGUAAGAAACAACGCCGGGGAAACAUUUCUCCAUUUAGCGGUGUCUGGUUUUCAGACCCCAACUUUUAGAAGAGUUGACCUACAGAUCAAUCUUAUGAAGCGACUGGUACACGAAAAGAAGUUCAACAUGGAAGACAUUGUUAAUGCUAAAAACAAUGAUGGAAGGACUGCACUUCACUUGGCUAUCAUUGGGAAUGUCCACAGUGACCUGGUUCAACUCCUUAUGUCUGCACCAUCAAUUAACGUGAACACCAGUGAUGCGAAUGGAAUGACUCCACUUGAUCUACUUCGACAAAGGCCGCGUUCCGCUUCAUCGGAUAUGCUUAUCCGACACUUGAUUUCAGCCGGGGGAAUGUUUGGUUGUAAGGACCACACUGCGAGAAGAGCCAUUGCUUCACACUUAAAGAUGCAGCAUGGAAGCAGUCCCGGAACUUCUUUCCAAAUAUCGGACACCGAAAUCUUCUUGCAUACCGGUGUUGAGACUACACAGGAUGCUUAUGAUGCUAAUGAUCCCAGUAGCGGAGGAAGAAGUCGUUCAUACUCAAUUGAUUAUGAUUCUGGUGAUGAAAACAGGAAAUCAUCAGUCGAUAUAAAACCGAGUUCGAAGAAUAAGGCAGCACAGAGAUUGAAAAGUGUUCUCCGUUGGCCUCAUAUGAAAGGAAAAAAACCGAAAAGAUUGAAGAAAUCAAUUGAAGGUUGCUCUGAAGAAACUCCAAUCCCACUUAGACAAAGAUUUUCAAAGCCUUCAUCAUCACUUCCUAACAACAAGAGAACACUAUCCGUGAGGAGUAAUCAAUCCAGUCCAAUUGCAAAGAAAAAACUUGCAUCAGGGAUUAUGAAAGGUGUUAUGCAAGACAUGCCGCAGUUAACGAUUCAGGGAAGAUCUCGAUCGAGUUCGUUCUCGAGGUCAUCCCUUUCUUCUCCGAGCUCAUUGGAUAAACAAAAGGGAAUUUUCACUGAGGAUAUUGGUGGACCAUCUUGCUACAUUCCAAGUACUGAUGAUGAAAAACCAAGUACAAUUGAGAAGCAAGGAUCAAACAAAAAGGGGUUAAAGAGACAGUAUUUCUGUUUUGGAGGUUCGGGCCUGACUAUGAAAACCACAGUUAGCAGGCAGAGGCCGAACCUGAACCUGAACCAGACUACUGUAAAUCCAGCCAUGGCCUCAAUGGCUUGAUAUGGUUGUCUCUGACAGGAAGAAUUGGGUCCUGAAAUGAUCUCAAGACCAACAAUCUGAAUCCAUAUAGGCAACAACUUACAAAAGAAGAAAGAUCAGCAAUAUCUGCAUCUUGCUGUCUGUUUCAUAUAUAACAAUUAUAUAAUAAAAUAAACUUGUAUGUGGAAAAUAAACUUUUAUGUUUCUAAGUAGUUGAUAUGAUGAAAUCUGAAGUUUUAGACAAAGAAAA